AGAAGAAGGGUGUGGAAUUGGAUCACUACGAAACGAACCCCACCGAAACAAAUAAUGUCCGGCGGCAAGAAUUAAUGAUGAUCUUCGUCUCUGUCUCCUCCUCCUUCUCUGGAUCUUUCUUACAGAAUAUACCUUUUUGAUUCUUCCUCUAACCAUUUCUCUUCUUCUCCGUUUCUGGGUCAUUCAAAGUUUCGAUUUUUACCAACCAUGAUUGAUCGAUCCACAUCAUCAUAAAGUUUCCAAAUUUGUGUCAAAGAUCGUAACUUUCGUUGACUUUUCCGAUCUGGGUUUGUCGGAAAAAUGAAUGCUGUAGGUAGGAUCGGAAGCUAUAUCUACCGUGGUGUAGGUACGGUUUCAGGUCCGUUUCAUCCAUUUGGUGGUGCGAUUGACAUUAUCGUUGUUGAACAACCUGAUGGAACAUUUAAAUCGUCUCCUUGGUAUGUUAGAUUUGGGAAAUUUCAAGGGGUUUUGAAGAAUAGAAGGAAUUUGAUCAAGAUUGAGGUUAAUGGUGUUGAUUCUGGUUUCAAUAUGUAUUUAGCUCAUACAGGACAAGCUUAUUUUCUUAGAGAAGUUGAAGAUGUUGUUGGUGAAUCUGAGAGUGGUGAAGUUUAUACUUUGUCUUCUGGUGAUGAAGCUGAGACGACGUCUAAGAUGGGUGAUGAUGUUGUUGAUAAGGUUAAGAUUCCUUUGAAGUCUAGGAGUUGUAACUAUGAUUCCCCUAGUCCUCGUAGUGGUAAUGGGAAGAUUGUUGGUAAGCCUGGGAUUUUAGGGUUUGUGUUUGGUGGGAGAUCGGUUAGGGAGAGUCAAGAUGGUGGUGUUAGUUCUAUUGAGAGAGCUGAGAUUGCUGCUGAUUUAUUGGACGUUAAGUGGUCUACUAAUAUCGAUACGCGUAAGUGUGGAAAAGGUAAAUCUUCUGAGUCUUUGGAUGGUAAAGGGAGUGGUGAGAGUAGUACUAGUGGCAAAUCUUGUGUUGUGGGUAGCUCGGAGAUGUUAGUUGAUAGCGAUUCGAUAUUGGAGACUCCUCUUGUUGCAUCUCCUACGUUGCGGUUUCUUGAUGAGAAAGAGCAGGAUUUUCGUGAAAGCACUAAUGUGGAAGAUUAUUGUGAAGAGAAUGUAUCAAGUGGAGUUGUUGAAAACGGUUUAUGUGAAGCAUCGAGUAUGGGGUUCUCCGUUACUAGUGAAGGGAGUGGAAACGUAGAGAUCUUUGUCGAACCAAGAACCGAGACACUUGCACAGGAUUCUGUUACUGGAUGUGUUCUGGAUCCGAAGCAAGAACUGUUAAGUGCUCCUGAAUCUGUGGAAAUUGUAACAGUGGGUUCAGCUGACCAAGCGGAUUUAGGGAGCAUUGGCACUUCUCAAGAAGGAAGUAGCACUGGCUCUUCAGUUCAAGAUGAAAAUAAGAUCACCAUAAACGAUAUGCAUAUCUCGGCAAGAGAUUUUGAGAAGUCUCAGUCAGCAAGUGGAGAAAGCAUCCUGCAACCAGAGAUAGAAGAAGAACAAUUUUCCUUUAGCGAUCUUGACGAAGGUAAACCUGGUGGUAAUAGUUCUGAAGGGUCAAGUUCUCCUGAUACUGUAAAAGUUGAUGGGAAAGAGAGUUACGAUGAAAUUGAAACUAGUCCUGAAAAAGGCGUGGUCGUGGAGAACUCAAUCGCCUUGUCAGAGCCGAUUAACAUAGAGAGGAAAAAGGAUAUUUCUACAGAUGAGAUGGAGCGGUUAGUAGGAUCAUUACCGAUUAUGCGGCUUCAAAACAACGAUGAUAUGGAUGCCAGUCCUUCUCAGCCUUUGAGCCAGUCAUUUGACCCAUGUUUCAAUACUUCAAAGUUGGAUUUGAGAGAAGAUGAGUCGAGCUCGGGGGGUUUAGAUGCAGAAAACGUUGCUGAGGGUAGCCCAAAAUUAAAGGCAUUCAAUCAUGUUAUCGCUAAUCCUGAAGUGGUCGAGCUCUCUCUCUGCAAGCACUUAUUAAGUGAAGGAAUGGGAGCAGAAGCAGCUUCUCAGGCUUUCAUUUCCGAAAAACUGGAUAUGGAAAAGUUUGCUUCUUUGGGCCCAUCAAUCCUGGAGAACGAUAAGCUUAUCGUGAAGAUUGGUGGCUGCUACUUUCCAUGGGAUGCAGCUGCUCCUAUUAUCUUAGGAGUGGUUUCAUUUGGGACUGCCCAAGUAUUUGAACCCAAGGGUAUGAUAGCUGUUGACCGGAAUGAGAAACCUGGUGAUGUAUUAGCUCAAGGCAGUGGAAGCUGGAAGCUUUGGCCUUUCUCUCUCAGAAGAUCAAGGAACGAUACUGAAGCUUCUUCUUCUGGGGAUACAGCUGAACCUGAAGAUAAACAAGAGAAGUCGUCGCCAAGACCAGUGAAAAAGACGGUCAGGGCACUAACUCCAACUUCUGAACAAUUAGCUUCUCUAGAUCUGAAAGAAGGAAUGAAUUCCGUGACUUUUACGUUCUCCACCAAUAUUGUGGGUACCCAACAGGUAGACGCAAGGAUUUACUUAUGGAAAUGGAAUUCUCGCAUAGUAGUGUCAGAUGUAGAUGGUACCAUCACAAGAUCGGAUGUCUUAGGCCAGUUUAUGCCUUUGGUUGGUAUAGAUUGGUCACAAACAGGUGUCACACAUUUAUUUUCGGCUGUAAAGGAAAAUGGAUAUCAGUUGAUAUUUUUAAGUGCACGUGCGAUUUCUCAGGCCUCAGUCACAAGACAAUUUCUAGUUAAUCUCAAGCAGGAUGGAAAAGCAUUGCCGGAUGGGCCUGUUGUUAUCUCUCCUGAUGGCCUCUUUCCGUCGUUGUUUCGGGAAGUAAUUAGAAGAGCACCUCAUGAAUUCAAGAUUGCUUGCUUGGAGGAAAUACGGGCAUUGUUUCCUCCUGAACACAACCCAUUCUAUGCUGGUUUUGGAAACAGAGACACAGAUGAGAUAAGCUACCUCAAAGUAGGAAUCCCCCGAGGAAAGAUCUUCAUAAUUAACCCAAAGGGAGAAGUAGCAGUGAAUCGUAGGAUUGAUACAAGAUCGUACACAAAUCUUCAUGCUCUUGUCAACGGAAUGUUCCCAGCUACAACCUCUUCAGAACCGGAGGACUUUAACACAUGGAAUUUCUGGAAACUGCCUCCUCCAUCGUUUACGUAAUGAUGAUGAUGAUAAUGACGAUGUUGUCUUCAAGAAAAUGCAGAUUAGAUGGUAGAGAUAACAAAUUGGUGGUCUGGUGUAGUCUAUUUCAUUUUUUUUUUGUUACACUGGUUUCAUAUCACAGGUUACGAUGUAUGCGCAGUUAUAUACUUGUAUAUAUAUAUUGAAAAAGUGUUGGACACUGUUCAUUAAAACAUUUUGAAAUUUAAGAGAAUCAUAAAUAUAGAUGAACACAUAAUUUAUUGGGUA